AGUAGGAGGAAGAUAGUUAUCAAUACGAACAGGCCCUGUCAGUCGGGGACGUAGAGAAACCUUAAUGGUCCAAACACAUCAUAGAACAGAAAGGCACACGCACGGCGGACGGACUCUGUGUGUAAACCGAUGUGUAAUUUAAUUCUCAGCCUCAGAGAAAACCCGCACUUAUCGCCACUGACCCACAGACGAAACAGUCCUCCGGCAGAUGGAGAAACAGACCAGAGCUGCCGGGGCGGCGGACGGAGCAGGGCCGAACAGAAGGCACUGGGGCUCGUCGACCAAUGGACCAACCGCCGGUGAAACCCUGGACAGUCCAACAGGUUCCCAUGUAGAGUGGUGUAAACAGCUGAUUGCAGCCACCAUCUCGAGUCAAAUCACAGGAUCAGUCCCAACUGACAUCAUGAACAGGGAUAACAAGAACCUGUCAGUACUGAGAUAUGGGGCACCUGUCGGAACAUUCCAGAACCAGGUUCCUCUGCUGCCAGGAGAAACCAUCCGCACUACAGUCAAGGAUGUGAUGUAUAUCUGUCCAUUCAGUGGGCUGGUUAGUGGGACCCUGACCAUCACGGACUACAAAUUCCACUUCAUCAGUGUUGAAAGGGAGUCUCCGUUCAUUCUUGACGUUAACCUUGGUGCUAUCAGCAGACUGGAGACUAUCAGUGUUCCCAACCAGGGAGAGAACACCAAAGGACUUGAACUGGUCUGCAAGGACAUGAGGAGUCCAAGGUUUGCCUAUAAGACAGAGGAGAGCCAUCCAGAUGUGAUUGAGGCGCUGGCUAAACAUACCUUCCCCCUCUCCCACACCUUGCCUCUUUUCGCUUUUCUUUACAAGGAGCAGUUUCCUGUUGACGGCUGGAAGGUGUACGACGCAGCAGCCGAGUACAGGCGUCAGGGUCUCCCAAAUGAGAGCUGGACCAUCAGUAAGAUUAACAGCAAUCAUGAACUGUGUGACACCUACCCCUCCAUCCUGGUCAUCCCUACCAACAUCACAGAUGAAGACAUCAAACGUGUUGCUUUGUUCAGAGCUAAGCACCGCAUACCGGUUUUGUCCUGGAUCCACCCAGAGUCUCAGGCCACCAUUGUACGAUGCAGUCAGCCCUUAGUUGGACCUUCAGAUCGUCGCUGUAAAGAGGAUGAAGGCUUCUUCCAAAUCAUCAUGGAUGCAAACGCCCAGUCCCAUAAACUCACCAUCUUUGAUGCCCGGCAGGGUAGUGUGGCAGUCACUAACAAGGCAAAGGAUGGAGGUUAUGAGAGUGAAAGUUUCUAUCCAAACGUGGAGCUGAACUUUCUGGAAAUCCCCAACAUCCAUGUUAUGAGAGAGUCACUGAGGAAGAUGAAGGACGUUGUUUAUCCCACCAUAGAUGAAGCUCACUGGCAUUCUGCUAUUGACCAGACACACUGGUUGGAAUACAUACGGCUUUUAUUAGCGGGAGCAGCAAAGAUAGCUGAUAAGCUGGAAUCUGGGAAGACAUCGGUAGUGGUACACUGCAGUGAUGGCUGGGACAGAACUGCUCAGCUCACCUCUCUGGCCAUGCUGAUGCUGGACAGCUACUACCGCACAAUCAGAGGAUUCCAGGUUCUGGUGGAGAAGGAAUGGAUUAGUUUUGGACACAAGUUUGCCGCGCGUGUGGGUCAUGGCGAUGAGAACCAUGCUAAUUCUGAGCGCUCCCCCCUUUUCAUCCAGUUCAUCGACUGUGUUUGGCAGAUGACUCGACAGUUCUCAGCAGCGUUUGAGUUCAAUGAGCUGUUCCUGAUCACAGUGCUGGACCACCUCUACAGCUGUCUUUUUGGUACAUUCCUUUAUAACAGUGAAGAGGAGAGGGCAGCCAAGGAGGUGCAGACCAAGACUGUGUCCUUGUGGUCCUACAUUAACAGCCAGCCAGAGGACUUCACCAACCCCUUCUAUGUGGAUUAUGAGCACCAUGUUCUGUAUCCACUUGUUUCCUCUAGACACCUAGAGCUGUGGACCAGCUACUAUGCUCGCUGGAACCCGCGCAUGAGACCACAGGUGCCAGUACACCAAACUCUGAAGGAGCUGCUGUUUCUGAGAUCAGAGUUGCAGAAAAGGGUGGAAGAGCUGCAGAGAGAGACGUCCUCCCACUCCCUGUCCUCCUCCGAGCAUGCCUCCUCCCCAACUCAUACCACGGGAACACCACUGCAUACUGCUGUCUGACACACACAUACAUACACAGGGGUUGGUCCCCCUGCUUUUUGUGACCUGGAUAUUUCUGUAUAGCACACCAGCUUGCCUGCCAAAUUACCUUUAAAACACCGGUGUUGGAGUCGAAUCAGUUGAAUGUUUGAUCCUCACCUGAUUCAGGGUGCUGUGUAUGAGAUUUCAGGAAAGGCUGUCCUCUCUUCUACUGUUAUGGGUAUUGUUUGCAGUUUGACAGUUCAAGUUGGUUUAAAGGCGUUGCAGAGGUCCAUUGCUUCUAGCCUUUCUGAACAGAUGUCAUUAACGUAAUUAUUUUCGUGUCUAUUUGUAAAACUGUGCCAAUGAUGUUCUUCUUCUUCUUCUUCUUAUUCUUGAACUAUAUCAUUAAAAUUGGGUCUGUAUUCUCUUGACCUCAGUUACAAAAUCCAGACAAGAGAGGUUAGCCUUGUCCAGUUUUCUGUCUUGUGUAUUCACCACAUAGGCUUGAGUGGAGAAUAUGCAAUUUACCCUCGACACCCGACAUUUUAACGGAGCAAACAGCGAGAGGUUCUUGAAGAUGGAUGAAAUUAAAGGACUCAUCGUAUGCCCUUUUUACUACAAGUUGAUAUGGUUCCUUGGGGUCUUAAUGAAAUGUCUGUAACAUACUUCUUUCAAAAUACCACAAGGAUCAUUUAAAACAGCAACUUUUUACCCUGUCUAAAACAGCCCUCCUUAGAUUGACCUGUAUUGAUCAAGAUCUACGCGAGGGCAGCUCACUGGGAGCAUUGGAGACUUCCCUGCGGUGUAGCCGGGGAAGCGGUGGUGACACGAUGCGAUGCGGGGACGUCCGAGGCAGCGGUGGAUCUGCUGAUGCGAUGACAUAGUGGCUUGGAUCAGAUAACGUCGCCAACUCGGACAGCCCAGAUCGCACCAUGUCACCGCAGCGCCCCCCGUCGCUUUUGCCGCGUGUUAACUCGCUACUUACCUAUUUUCAAGUGUAACCAUUGAACUGAUUCCGUUUAACUGCCACAAGAGUUGUUCAUCUUGUAAUAAAGACCUCCAUGAGGAAA